AAACGAGAAUUAUUCAUUCCAUUGGAAGCCCGCUCAAAGGAAGCCCGUCAUCGCUUCUUCUAAUAGUAUAUUCACAAAAGUGAAUACUACUAAUGGUUUCGAAGAAAAUUGAAAAUAUUCCAGAAGAUGUUCCUCUCAACCAGUUAAUAUCUCAGAGUAAUGGGAACCGAAAGGCUUUUAGUAGAGAGGAGAACGUAGUCACUAAUUUGCUUGAACGUGCAGGACGUACAAGGAAAAGCGAAGAUGUCGUGCCGACUAAGACAGGGAAAAAAAGAAAUGCUACUCAAGAAGGCAAGACCAGGUUCGCUGACCCCCGCGCUGAGGAUUCACGUGAAACGACUUUUGACACAGAGUCCGGAAAAACAAAAAAGAACAAACGCAUGAAGAAAGAAUCCAAGCAGAAAACGGAUGAAGAGAGUUUCCUGAGCCUAGAGACCAAGGCAAACGGUAACGACUGUGUCAGUGAAGAAGUUUCCCGUCCCUCCGCAAUAUUUGAUAAGCUGAAGAAGGAAGAAUUUAUUAUUGAAAGAGCUCAACAGAACAAUGACAGCGCGAAAGGUACUAAACGUGCAGAGAAAGGUUCUCCAAAGGAAGUUGGAACCUCUGAAGACGAAAGAGAAGCUGAAGAGGAGGAGGAAGAGGAGGAAGAAGAAGAUUAUCGUUGGUGGGGACGAGACAACCAAGAAGAUGAAGAUGAUACUAUAAAAUGGACCACCUUGUCUCAUAGUGGCGUCCUUUUUCCACCAGAAUAUGUUCCUCAUAACAAGCCUAUAUUAUACAGAGGAAAAGAAAUAUAUUUAUCUCCAAAGGCAGAAGAAGUCGCUACAUUUUUUGCACAAAAACUUGCCACAGAAUAUGUAAAGAAACCACAGUUUCGUAAGAAUUUUUGGGAAGAUUUUCAACAACACUUAUCAAAUGAUGAAAAGAAAAAGUUGAAGAGUUUGGAUGAAAUUAAUUUCACUCCCAUAUAUGAGCAUCUUGAAGCCCAAAAGAACGCCAAGAAAGCACUUACAUCAGCAGAGAAGAAGGCAAUCAGGGAAGAGGAACAAGAGAAGGUGAAGAAGUAUACAGUGGCCAUUGUCGAUGGCAAAGAAGAGAAAGUAGGAAACUUUAGAGUAGAGCCUCCAGGACUCUUUUUGGGAAGAGGUGAACAUCCUCUCAUGGGCAAAGUAAAGAAACGAAUAAUGCCUGAAGAUAUUACCAUCAAUAUUGGAGAAGAUGCUCCUGUUCCAGAAUGUCCUAUCGCUGGUCAUCGGUGGGGCCAAAUCAUUCAUAAUAAUAAGGUCACGUGGCUAGCUGGCUGGAAAGAUAGUAUUACCGGGGGCUAUAAAUAUGUAUGGCUAUCAGCAGGUUCUAGAUUUAAAGGACAAAGUGACCAGCAAAAAUAUGAAAAGGCUAGGAAAUUGAAGAAUUACAUUGAUGAGAUUCGUAAAGAUUACACAAAAGGACUUCAAUCGGACAGUUUAGAAGAGCGCCAACGGUCGACUGCACUUUAUUUCAUUGACCGCUUAGCUUUGAGAGUUGGUAACGAAAAGGAUGAAGAUGAAGCGGAUACGGUUGGUUGUUGCUCGCUUAGGGUUGAACAUAUCACGUUGCAUGAUCCAAACGCAGUUGAAUUCGACUUUCUUGGUAAGGAUUCUAUACGUUAUAUAAAUACUGUCACUGUUGAUGGUCCUGUUUUUUACAACCUGAAAGAGUUUGUGCGAGGCAAGAAACCUGAAGAUGAAAUCUUUGAUAAGUUAACAGUGCAGGGUUUGAAUGAUCAUCUGAAAACAUUGAUGCCUGGUCUGUCUGCAAAAGUGUUUCGAACUUAUAAUGCAUCUAUUACGCUGGCUCGAUUACUUUCUGAGCGCAAGUUUGAGUCAGAAGACUUGAAUAACAAGCUUACUUUUUACAAUCAAGCGAACAAGGAAGUUGCUAUCCUUUGUAAUCAUCAGCGUACUCUUCCAGUGUCACAUGAACAACAGAUGAAUCGUCUUCAGAGCAAGUUGGAUGAGGCUUUAGAGUGGCUUCAUGAACUGGAACAAGCUCUGAAGAAAGCAAAACGUGACAAGAAGGAUUCAGUUGAGGUUGUUCAGUAUGUGAGACCUAAACCGAAUUUUCGGAAUGAUAUGACACAAAUUGAACGAGAAGCGGAAAGGAAAAGAGUUGCGGAACUUCCACGUGAGUCCAAAGUUCGACAAAUGAAGACGUCGAAUCUACCUAGUCAAAUAGAGAAGGCAGAACAGCGUGUGGAGAAAAUUCGAUUGGAUAUGUCAAUGAAAGAAGAACUAAAGAAUGUCGCUCUUGGUACGAGUAAGAUUAAUUAUCUUGACCCGAGAAUCACUGUAGCAUGGUGCAAGAAGAAUCAAGUUCCCAUCGAGAAAAUUUUUUCCAAGACGUUAUUGACUAAAUUCCUUUGGUCCAUGGAAAGUAGUGAAGAUUUUUGUUUCUGAUGUUAUUAUAAUGAGAAAUGUUGAAAUGUAUAAGAAUGCAAUUUAUUAGUAUAUCUAUGUGUGUAUAUAGAGCUUUUUAUUUUUGCACCUCUAUACACUCAUCUAGUCUUGAACACUAUGUACACAGUCUUUAUGCCACGUUGGCGAUAAUGAACAGGCAACUCUGUGCUUCACGUCUGCACCUUUUUGAUUUUUCAGGAUGGCACUUGUGUAACAGUCUAGAUUACAAAAUAGCAAAUCAUUCCACUUAAAGACAUUGUUCAGAAACAUAAGACUCUUGCUACAGUUGUCACAUAGCAAAUCUUCGGAUGACCUGUUUGAAGUUUCUGAAUUAUCAGCAAUAUCCAAUGAGCAUAAAGAGUCUCUGUCUUCCUCCUUAUUAUAGUCUUCUUCAAUGCUUUCCUUUUCGACGCCAAAAGCAUCCAUAUAACUCAGAUUGGCAGAAUUGCAAUACUUAGCUCGUUCUUGCUCUAUUUCUUCCACCAUGUUAUACAACUUGCUUCUAAAGGAGGCACUGUAUGCUUCUUCAAAGAAGCUAUUUGUUACGUUGUUCUCAGAGGAACAGGUAAAAGGCCUUCUAGGCUCAGGUACUUGCAUACUGCCGCCAACUUGUGUAUGACACAUUUUCUCAAAUCUCAAACUUCCAAUCUUCACCAUCGUCAAUCAA